AAAUUUUCAGGUCAUCAUAUAACUCUAGUGGCACAUUCACGAGCUGUGCUCUUAGCACUGGAGGCUGCAAAAGCACUUGCUGGUGAGGGAGUGGAAUGUGAAGUCAUAAAUCUUCGAUCCCUAAGGCCAUUAGAUGAAGGUGCCAUUGUUAACUCCGUAAUGAAGACACGAAACCUUGUUACUGUUGAACAGGGAUGGCCACAGUGUGGUAUUGGAGCUGAGAUCUGUGCUAGAAUAGUAGAAAGUCCUGCCUUCCACUACUUGGAGUCCCCAGUGAUUCGUGUAACGGGUGUUGAUGUACCUAUGCCUUAUGCCAAGAGUUUAGAAGCUGCUUGUAUCCCUCAACAACAUGAUGUUGUGAAAGCUGUUAAAAAAGUACUCAAGAUUAUAAAGUAAAGUUGCACAAAACAAAUAUAUUCUAAAAAUUUUUUUUAUUAAAACUGUUUUCUUUGUACAUUUGUUGGCAUAACUCUUGUUAAGGACAAUUUUUAGUGCAUUUUUAUAAGUAAAUUAUUGGACAAAUAGAAAUUUAGGCAUAUCAGUUUUAAGUUAGAACAUACAUACCAUAUUUCAGUACAUUAAUGUUAUUGACAGUUCAUUGUAGAAAUGAUGAAAUAGUAAUGGUUACCUAUUGUUUGGCAGUGACCUAUCUUGUAUAAUAAAAAAAUGAUGUAAAUAGUGCUUCACCUUAAUAAAAAAAUAUGAAAUUAAUAAA